AUGGACCGCUUUGGUCACGUCCCCAUCCUCCCGCUCUUGGGCUUGGCCAUGGCCUCCCAGCUGGCCACACUGUGCAACGCCGCUCAGGCACAAGCGCAGCCGGUCUACGACAUGGACGGCCACGAGCUAAUGAUCGAUAGCCUCUACCACAUCAUGCUGCCGGCGAGCGGCAACAUGAGUGGCCGUUGUCUCAGCGCUGGCACUUGGUGGGCUUAUGACAGCCCUCUCCAUGCAGCCGCUGGGCAGUGCGGGCAGUCCGGAUACCUGGGAGAGCCCGUGAUGGUCCAGGCGGCGGAUGUGGGUGCUGGCUACACCCCUCGCCUCUCAAAUGACGUCAUAUUCGCCUUCAACAACACGGUUAACCAAUGCAUGAUGUAUCUCCAGUGGCGCAUCGAGGAUGAGUUCGUAACGCACCAGCAGCACAUGACCGUCGGCCACUUUAUAGGGGCGCCGGUGACUGCGAUGCCAGAGUGCACGCACGGAACCAUAUGCAGAGAACAGUCGUACCGGUUUCGUGUCGAGAGGCAUGGCACAGGGUACAAGCUGGUAUCAUGCCACAGGCUGCCAUGCCGUGAUCUGGUAUUGUACGGGUACCAUGGUGAGCAGUGGCUCACCGUACAGAAAGAAAAUGAUGGGCGCGAGCCUUUCACGGUCGUGUUCAAGAAGUGCCCUUUGCCGUGCGUGGACCCCCGAAUGCCUCCUGUGUUCAGGCCUAACUAA